AAGGCUCUAAAGAGAUAUUCCCUCAGAAGUAAAGAGACAGAUACCACAGAAAGAACUGACUGAGGUAAACCACCACUAGAGGCUCAGAGUAUGGAGACACAAGAGUGGGCUGGCAAGGUGUCUGAGAGGCCAGUAAAGGCUCGCAGGGUCAACUAGUAUAUCUUCCAGACCUGCGCCUGCCAUCGAUCAGGUUGGGUCCCAAUUUCUGAAUGGACCUUAUAGGAUCUUUGUGAAAAUCAAUCUCAAACUAAUGCUUGUAAAACAUCAGCACAGUUCUUGACAGUGCUUAAUAAGUCUUUGCUAUGAUUGUUAUAUUACCUUAGGAACCCUGGAAGCCUGGCUGUGUGGGUUGGGGUAUGGCCGAGAUGACCCUACAGGGACAUAGGACAGAGGUCCAGUGUCUCCAGAGACCAUUCCUCCUCUGCUGCCUCCAGCUGAUAAACCUCUUAUCAGGCCCAAGCAGGGGAGCCCAGAGUCAGGAUAGGAGGAGAAGGCAGAGCUGCUAUCAGCCACCAGGCCUGGGCCAUAUCUCAGAGAAGGGGAGGGGCUGUCUGCUUUGCUCUUCCCACAACAUGCUCCUUGGGGUUCCCCAAGCACUCAUUCUCAACCUUGGAAGAUGAGACAGAGGAGGAAAACUGAGGACAGAGGAGGAAAGCUGGAGUGAUCCCUGAUGUUGCCCCAGAAAAUGGGGAAAAACCCCCCCAGAAGAUGUGACUUCUGCCCUGGCCAGUGAUACAGUUUGGGGGAGUAAGAAGAAGGGGAAAGGGAAGGCAUCUCGUCUGAAAAAGAAGGUAAGGACCCACUGUGCUCCCAAAGGACCUGACCACAGCCAUAGCAGGUGAGGUGGAGAUCACACUGCAGAGAAAGCCUUUGCAGCUUAAGGAGUCGGUUGAUGAGGACAGCAUAAUUCGGGGGAUGAGGCCUCUCCUUCUCUCAGGUUUCUGGGGCCUUUUGUGCUUUGGGGAUCCUGGACCAGGCCCUGGCCCAGUAGGAUGCCCCCGUGUCCUCCCCAGCAGAGCAGGGACAGGGUGACACAGUUGCCCACUCCGGAGCUGGGCGAGAUGGAGCUGACUUGGCAAGAAAUUAUGUCCAUCACUGAGCUGCAGGGCCUAAAUGCUCCAAGUGAGCCAUCGUUUGAGCCCCCAGCCCCAGCCCCAUACCCUGGGCCCCCGCCACCCCCAACUUACUGCCCCUGCUCAAUCCACCCAGAUGCUGGCUUCCCCCUUCCUCCACCACCUUAUGAGCUUCCAGCACCCACAUCUCAUGUCCCAGACCCUUCAUACUCCUAUGGCAACAUGGCCAUACCAGUCUCCAAGGCACUGACCCUCUCGGGCCUGCUCAGUGAGCCCCUCCCAGAUCCCUUGGCUCUCCUGGACAUUGGGCUGCCAGCGGGGCCCCCCAAGCCCCAAGAAGACCCAGAAUCUGACUCAGGAUUAUCCCUCAACUAUAGUGACGCUGAAUCUCUUGAGCUGGAGGGGACAGAGGUUGGUCGGCGGCGCAGCGAGUAUGUAGAGAUGUACCCAGUGGAGUACCCCUAUUCACUUAUGCCCAACUCCUUGGCCCACCCCAACUAUGCCUUGCCACCUGCAGAGACCCCCUUAGAACCCUCCUCAGGCCCUGUGCGGGCCAAGUCCACUGCACGGGGGGAGGCGGGAAGUCGGGAUGAGCGUCGGGCCCUGGCCAUGAAGAUUCCCUUCCCGACGGACAAGAUUGUCAACUUGCCGGUAGAUGACUUUAAUGAGCUGUUGGCACGGUACCCACUGACGGAGAGCCAGCUGGCAUUAGUCCGGGACAUCCGACGGCGGGGCAAGAACAAGGUGGCCGCCCAGAACUGUCGCAAGAGAAAGUUGGAGACCAUUGUGCAGUUGGAGCGGGAACUGGAGCGGCUGGGCAGUGAGCGGGAACGGCUUCUCCGGGCCAGAGGGGAGGCUGACCGGACCCUGGAGGUCAUGCGCCAACAGCUGACAGAGCUGUACUGUGACAUUUUCCAGCACCUGCGGGAUGAAGCAGGCAACAGCUAUUCCCCUGAAGAGUAUGCUCUGCAACAGGCUGCUGAUGGGGCCAUCUUCCUGGUGCCCCGGGGUACCAAGAUGGAGGCCACAGACUAAGCUGGCCCGGAGGGGUGGGACUGGUGAUGGAGAUUUCCUUUAUUCCCUUCUGAUAAAGGUACUCCCCAGAAGAAGCUGGGUUCUCUAGACCAGAAGGGGACAAUGGGAAACCUGGCAUUUGGAGGGUCCAAGGUGUAUUCAGUAAGGCUUGCCUUGAGACAAGUGUAUGAGGGGAGGGCUGGAAUCUCUUUUCUGUGAUUCAGCUUCCUAGGUCUCCAACCUCCACCUCGUUUGAGCUUUGGUAUAUAAAGCGCUCUACA